GCGGCCGGCGGUCCCCGUCACCAUGGCGCUCCCGGUCGAGCUGCAGCUUUGCCGCCGCUUCCCGCAACACCUGCACCCGCUGCAGCUCCUCCUCCCACCGGCAGCGGCGGCCGCCCUCGCCCCGGGGCCCGGAACCGACUGUGUGCUGGCUCUGCACUUAGGGUCCGGGCCCGGGCCCGUCAUCUUCACCUCCGCCGCCAUCGUCGAAGCCCAGCCCCCCGGGGAGGAGGCCGGGGCCGGGGCAGGAGAUGAGGGGGACACUGGGCCUGGGGCAGGAGAUGAGGGGGGCACUGGGCCUGGGGCAGGAGAUGAGGGGGGGGCACUGGGCCUGGGGCAGGAGAUGAGGGGGGCACUGGGCCUGGGGCAGGAGAUGAGGGGGACACUGGGUCUGGGGCAGGGGAUGAGGGGGACACUGGGUCUUGGGCUUGGGGCAGGGGAUGGGGAGGGCAUUGGGCCUGGGGUAAGAGGGGAGCCUGGGGCAGGGGGUGAGUGGGGCACUGGGCCUCGGGCAGGAGAUGAGGGGGGCAUUGGGCCUGGAGUAAGAGGGGAGCCUGGACUUGGGGCAGCGGUGACUGAGCUCCAGGGGCGAGGGGCGGGGGUGACUGGGUCCAGUGUGCACUAUGGGGGCAUCCCGACCAACCAGAGUGAGGGGGUGAGUCGGGGUGUUGGGCCAGUCCAGAUUUACACCAGCAAACUCUUCCUCGCGCACUACAGGCUGUGGGCGGGCAAGGGUGAAGCCCCAGGGCUGGGCGAGGAGGGCUGGUCUGAGGCGUCAGGAUUGGAGGUGGAUGAUUUGGCUGGGGCCCCAGGGCUGGGUGAGUUGAAUAGGGCUGGGGCCCCAGGAUUGGGGUUGGAGAACAGUGUCGGAGACCCAGUCUUAGGUGAGGAGGGCAGGCCCAGGCUGCAGGCCUCCCUGGUGAAGCGGGUCCCAGGCCUGAGCCGGGUGGUGCUGGGUGCCCGCACCAGAGGCAGCCUGCGCUGGGCCAGCUCCCCGGCCUUUGCCCGCGGGCUGCUGGUACUGUCCUGCCAGCGGCGGGCGGUGCUGCUGCGGCAGGGCGACCCCCCGGUGGUGCCCUACCACCCGUGCCUGGGCGAAGACAGCGAGCUGGUGCAGGCCCGUCUGCUGGAGCUGGUGGUGCUGGAGUGCCAGCCAGUGCUGCAGGGGUUGCUGACCCCCAGCACCAGCCUGGCCCUCACUGACUUCAGAGAGCCCGGACAGCUGCCCCCCUCGCCACCCCUCCACCUGCUGCAGCCCCUCUGCCUCUCCGACUUUGCCCACUACGCUCGCGGCUUGUGGGGGUCUGGGUUGGCAUCCGGCCUGCAGGGUCACGGGCCCUCAGACUUCCAGACCGUGCUGCGGGCCCUGGAGUGCCGGCUGGAAGUGGUGGUGGCAGACCUGCCGGGCUUGGCGGAGCGCGGCGAGCUGGGGCCGGGUCCGGAGGCCCCUGACGAGGCUGGCUGCCUGGAACCAGGCCUGGAGGCCCAGGACGUGGAGAGCUCUGUUGCUCCAGACCUGAGGGGCCCUGCUCAUGGCACUUGCCUGGAGCCGGGCCCUGGCACCCCAGACUUGGACAGCUGCUUGCUGCUGAGCCGCCGCACCCUGUACCGCCUGGGCCUCUUCCACCGCCAGUGGGUUUUGGUGUCCUGGCCAGAGCCCGGGGCCGAGCCAGAGUCCCCGGGGGCGGAGGGCCGAGUGGGGGCCACUCGACCAGCCCAGCUGCCGGCCCGAGUGCUUGCGGUGGAGGUGGGCGAGGGGGUCAGCCUGCAGCUGGGGCAGGACACGGCAGCCAUCUCACAUGCCAUGUGGUUCAACGUCUCCCGAGGGGCCCCUGCCCCUUCCGCUCACCGCACACUCAGAGUCAAGCGGUUUCUCCAGGGUGCGGUUGGGCAGCAGGGGGUGGGGGAUAGUUGUUCUGAGCUGGGCGAGCCCCCCCUGGCUGAGGAGCUGCACGUGGAGGUCAUCCACUCGCCCACCUACGAUGCCCGCGCUACCCACGACCGCCUCCUCUACCAGCACUUCAGCACCUGCAGGCUGGUCUACGAGGGAGCGGUGCUGUGUGUGCAGGCCCGGGGCAGGCCCGACUUUACCCAGACCUGUACCCAGGCCCAAGUGGGGUGCCCUGUGAUCUACCUGAGGGUGCGGUCAGUGAGGGGAGGGGCCGGCACGGAGGGGGCCCCCGGAUACCUGGCGCACACCGGGCACACCUCCCUCUACCUGGAUGGCUGUGGGAAUGGCCACGUGCCCUGUGCUGCAGCCAGCGAUGGUCACCCGUUCUGGGGCAGCCUCUCCCCUCCCGGCCUCUCCUGCACCGUCGAGGCUCUCUGCCACAUCAUCGAGCCCUACCUGCGCCACGGGCCACCGGUUCUGGAGGGGCCGUGCAGUGUGCUGCUGUGUGGUGCGAGCGGCUGUGGGAAGAGCACAGUGGUGCGGGCAGCCUGCCGCAGGCUCAACCUACACCUGCUGCAGGUGGACUGCGUGUGCCUGUGUGCAGACUCCCCCGGGGCGUGGGAGGCGAAGCUGGAGGGGGCCGUGACUCGUGCCGAGGCUCACCGCCCGUGCGUGCUGCUGCUGCGCGACGUGACCGUGAUGGGGAGGGAGCGCGAGGGGGCACCGCACCACUCCCGCCUCGUCUCCGCUCUGCAGCGUCUCCUGAGCCGAAUGCAGCCCUCUGGCAGUGAGUACCCGGUGGUGGUGCUGGGGACGGCUGUGCGGCAGAGGGAGGUGAGUGCGGAGCUGCACGCCGUCUUCCUGCACGAGUUGGCAGUGAGCGCCCUGUCGGAGGAGCAGCGGCAGCGGGCACUGAAGGCCCUGGGCAGCAGCCUACCGUUCGGCAAGGACGUCAACCUGGGCCGUGUUGCCAAGCUGACCGCCGGUUACGUCCUUGGCGACCUGUGCUCACUGCUGAGCCGGGCCAGCCGCUCCGCGUGUAGACGUCUGCGGCAACGCUGCUUUCCUUGCCUCGCUCCCAGUGAGCAGGAGGAGCUGGAGCUGUGUGCUGCCGGAGUGGUAAUCCUGCAGGAUGACUUGUUGGCAGCGUUGGAGGAGCUGCAAGCAGUGCUCUCCCGUGCUGUGGGAGCACCAAAGGUGCCGGCUGUGAGCUGGCAGGAUGUUGGUGGGCUGGAGGCGGUGAAGAGGCUGAUCGUGGAGACGGUGCAGUUGCCGCUGGAGCAGCCGGGGCUGCUGAGCCAGGGCUUGCGGCGCACCGGCCUGCUGCUCUACGGCCCGCCCGGCUCCGGCAAGACCCUGCUGGCCAAGGCCGUCGCCACCCAGUGUGCCAGCACCUUUCUCAGUGUGAAGGGGCCGGAGCUGAUCAACAUGUACGUGGGGCAGAGUGAGGAGAACGUGAGAGAGGGUGAGGGACUGUCGCCCCUGGGGCCCCGGGCCCGGGCGCGGACGGCAGCCCCCUGCGUGGUGUUCUUUGACGAGCUGGACUCGCUCGCGCCCAGUCGGGGGAGGAGCGGCGACUCCGGGGGGGUCACCGACAGGGUGGUGUCUCAGCUCCUGGCCGAGCUCGAUGGCCUCCAUUCCACAGGUGAUGUGUUUGUGAUCGGAGCGACCAACAGGCCCGACCUCCUGGACCAGGCCCUGCUCCGUCCGGGCCGGUGGGCUGGACAGGCGGUGUACGUGGGGCUGGGGGGUGGGAUGUUCGGGGUGGACAUGAAGAACGGGGACUCCCAGCUCCGCGUGCUCCAGGCCAUCACACGCAAGUUCUCUCUGGACCCGGCGGUGAGCCUGCGUGGGGUGGUGGAGCAGUGCCCGUCCCGUCUGAGCGGAGCCGACCUGUACUCCCUGUGCAGCGAGGCCGUGAUGGCGGCCGUCAAACGCCGGGUAGCCCGUGUCGGCCAAGGCCUGGAGGUGGAGGACGCCGAACUGGCCCUCCUGCCCGAGGACUUUGAGCGGGCCCUCAGCACCCUGCAGCCUUCGGUCUCGCAGCAGGAGAUGGAGCAGUACCGGCUGAUGCAGCAGCGGCUCUCUGCCCGAUGAUCCGCGGCGCCAACUGCUGGCAGGACAAGGGCCGGCAGGGACCACGGGUACAAGCGGCCCGGGACACCAGGGAAAAAGUGGCCGGGUCUCAGAGCCGCCAAUUACCCAACAUCUGAUGGAACGGCCGCAGCAGAGUAGGACUCGGCCCAUGGGACCAGGAGGUAUCGGACGUGAGAGCCGUAGGCCGGGCCAGCGUUUAUUGCCUCUGAGGGGGUGAGGGUGAGCUGCCCCUUCGACCCACUGCCCUCACUCUGGUGAAGGGGCUCCCACCCUGCUGGUGGGCAGGGAAUCUCAGGGUCAGGUCCAGUGACAGUGAUGAGAGAUUGCUGAGUGUAAAUAAAUCGGUUUGAGACUG